ACGGAGAGAGAGAGAGAGAGAGAGAGACGGAGAGAGAGCGCGAGGGAGGUGGAGGAAAGACGGCGGGCACUCUGCAGAGAAGCACGUCCCCGCUGCCGCUGCUGCCGUGAGAGCGCUGCAUGGGUGCAGGAUGCGUCUUUCCCCGCCGGCGCCGUCAUCAUCGUCCGCCUCUUCUCCCGCCAAGUGACACCCGGCUUUGCGUCCUCCCCAAACGAGCGUGGGUAGAAAGGGAAUAACAUCUGCUUAUCUGCGUCGCUCUAUGUUCCCACGGCACACCAGAGCAGAAGCGCAGAGAUCGGCAGCGGCGCCAAAGCGGCAAAGGCGCCAUGCGGGAUUAAACGGUGGCGCAUUGGGAUUAAGGAUCCCCCGAGGCUUUUCCGGACACGUGGGCCGCACCUUUGGAUCGCAGCACCGGGUCAUGACCCAGUUGCCAUGCGCAUCGCCACGCUGACCUGCCUUCCCGGCCCUUCCUCCCCCUUCCUCUUUGGGCUGCUCUACUUCCUGUCGGCGGUGGCGGCGGUGGCGGUGCUCGCCUCGUCGUCCUCGUGCCCGGACCGCUGCUCCUGCUCCAACCAAGCCAGCCGAGUCAUCUGCACCCGCCAGAGCCUGGACGACGUGCCGGACAGCAUCUCCGUCAACACCAGAUACCUCAACCUGCAGGAGAACGCCAUCCAGGUCAUCAAGUCGGACACCUUCAAGCACCUGCGGCACCUGGAAAUCCUGCAGCUCUCCAAGAACCAGAUCCGUCAGAUCGAAGUGGGCGCCUUCAAUGGCCUCCCCAACCUCAACACGCUGGAGCUGUUUGACAACCGCCUCACGCUGGUGCCCUCGCACGCCUUUGAGUACCUCAGCAAGCUGCGUGAGCUGUGGCUGCGCAACAACCCCAUCGAGACGCUGCCGGGCUACGCCUUCCACCGCGUGCCCUCGCUGCGCCGGCUGGACCUGGGCGAGCUCAAGAAGCUGGACUUUAUCUCGGAUGCCGCCUUUGUGGGUCUGGUCAACCUGCGGUACCUGAAUUUGGGCAUGUGCGGUCUCAAGGACAUACCCAAGUUGACGGCCUUGGUGCGGCUGGAGGAGCUGGAGCUAUCAGGGAACCGGUUGGAGAUCAUCCGCCCCGGGUCCUUCCAGGGUUUGGCUUCGCUGCGAAAGCUGUGGCUGAUGCACUCGCAGGUGUCGGUGAUUGAACGCAACGCCUUUGAUGACUUGAAGAACCUGGAGGAGCUCAACCUGUCCCACAAUUCCUUACACUCGCUGCCGCACGAUCUCUUCACGCCGCUACACCAGCUGGAGCGGGUGCACCUGAACCACAACCCUUGGGUGUGCACCUGUGACGUGCUUUGGCUCAGCUGGUGGCUGAAGGAGACAGUGCCCAGCAACACAACCUGCUGCGCCCGCUGCCACGCGCCGCCCUUCCUCAAGGGUAAAUACAUCGGCGAGCUGGACCAGAGUCACUUCACCUGCUACGCACCCGUCAUCGUGGAGCCGCCCACCGACCUCAACGUCACCGAAGGCAUGGCGGCCGAGCUCAAGUGCCGCACCAGCACCUCCACCACCUCGGUCAACUGGAUCACUCCCAACGGGACGCUGAUGACCCACGGCUCGUACCGGGUACGGAUCUCGGUGCUCCACGACGGCACACUCAACUUCACCAAUGUCACCCUGCGCGAUACGGGCCAGUACACCUGCAUGGUGACCAACGCAGCCGGGAACACCACGGCCACCGCCGUGCUCAACGUCACUGCCGCCGACGUCAGUGUCAACUACACCUACUUCACCACGGUGACGGUGGAAAGCGUGGAAACACCGGGAGAAGAGGAGUCCGCUCUGGUGGCGAUCAACGAGACCUUCAUCCGAGUCCUCCCGGUACCAACGCCCUCGGGGAAUCUGUGGCCAGACAGCAUCCCGACUACGGCCUCCUCACUGUCUGUCGACUGGUCCUCACCCCGCGCCACCCGGCCCACCUUCACCAUACCCAUCACCGAGCCGGGUUUCUCCGGCCUUGACGACGUGAUGAAGACCACCAAGAUUAUCAUCGGCUGCUUUGUGGCCAUCACCUUCAUGGCGGCGGUGAUGUUGGUGGUCUUCUACAAGCUGAGGAAGCAGCACCAGCUCCACAAGCACCAUGGCCCCGCCCGGGCCAUUGAGAUCAUCAACGUGGAGGACGAGUUGGGCGGUGGGGCCGGUGGCCGGGGUGCCGGCGGCGGCAUCGCGGGGGGCUGCGCCUUGACGCAAAGCAGCGGAAUCGGGGGCGGCCAGGGCCUGAGGCGGCACCACUCGGACGCCGUCACCCUGCCGCACCUGACUCGUUCGGAACACCUCAACUACUACAAGACACACCACUUGGGCAACAACAUGGUGGGACUUGGCGUCAACAACAACAACAACCCACUGCCUUGCUCCCAGAACAUGAGCAUGUCCUGCUCCCAAGUACCCAGCUCCUUGGCCGGCGGCCUGGGGAAUCUGCCCACCCCGGUCCCGCUGCCCCAGCUGAGCCUGCACAGCUCCCUCAAGGGCCUCAUGGCCAAAGGGCAGAACGAGCCUCUGCUCUUUAAGAGCGGCUCCAAGGAGAACGUACAAGAGACUCAGAUCUGAGGGAACCCAUGAAGCCCCCCUGUUGCCCCACGUCGCCCCGUCGAGCACACGCUCCUACCCGCAUUCAGGUGACAAGCAGCUCUAGUUUUUGCCAAAGUCCCAAGUCAAGCCAACUAAAUGGAUGUCGCAUCUUUUGUGGAUUAUUUCUACGGACCGGCUGGGUGGACGGAAUUACGGGAUGCGUCUCCGCGUGGCUUCGUGGACAAACCAGAGCUAUAAAAAAAGGAUAAGAAAAAAGAACAUAAAGCACUUGAUAUUAUUAUAUAUGAACGGUAAAUAUAUUUUCACUGGGAGAAAUAAAUUAUAAAGAAUCUUUAUGAAGCCGUCGACGUAGAAAGUGUGAAGAAUAUAUUUAAACAAUCUUGGAAAAAAAAUCGUUGUCCUUGUGGUCCGCCUUUCAAAAUGGCCGCUGGGUGAAUCUAUUUUCUUUUUUCUAGUCAGGCCCGUUUUUUUUUUGGUUUUUUUUAGGGGUGGGGGGCAGCGCUCACACCAACAGGGUCAGCGGCGGCGUGCUGUGUAGCAUCAACAAAAACAAUAAUAAUAAUGAGGACGAUAAUGACAAUAAUAAGAAGUGGCAUAAACUCACGGUGUACAUAGUCCCAAAAGGCUGCUCGCUAAUCACCAUCUUUGGAUUCACAUGUUAGCGUUAGCAUUAGCAUUGUUAUUAUCACGCCGUUCGCUCUUCUUUUUUUGUACACUUGAGGGUCUUUUUCUAACGGACACAAAAUGGCGGCUGGAGAAAAACGUCAGGAUUUGAAGAUUAUGGAAGGAUGACUUCACUCGAUGACGGAGGUUUUCCGAAGGUAAGCCCCACUUGUCGGUGGGACAAAAAAAAACUAAAAACAGACUUUUUUAUUCACCCCCAAAAAAGGACAAAUUAAUGAAAAAAUACAUAAACAUAUAGAUCUCUUUUAAAAGAAAAAAUAUGAUGAUGAUUGAGUGUUUUUUUUUUGCAUUUUGCUUUUCUUGUUUUUUUUUCUUAUUUUUUUUAAAGUGUUCUCUUUCUUCUUGUACUCUUCUUGUUCUUGUUCUUCUAAUUAGAUGAUUCCACGGGUUCUAAUUAUGCCGACAGUAUUCUGUUAUAGCCCAGGUCACUUUGGAAAUUAAAAAAAAACUGGCACAC